GCGGCGACGUUUGACGGUGGCCGAGUCGAGAGACGAUGAGGAGGGCUUGACUCGUCGCCGGGUCAGACUCAUCAUCUCUGCAUCGCAACCACCGUGCGGACUCGCCAUCGUGUUUGCUAAUCCUUCAUCUUAUUGCCUAAAUGAUCCCAUAGUUCUAUCAUUUCCCCAUUGUUCUCUCUUCCAUCAUCUUCCUUCCUUGUUUCAUGUCCAUGGUCCAUAGUACCCACAGGGCUACUCACCUAUGCAACUUGCAGACUGUCGACAAGAAUACUAUCGUUUGGCUCCUACUACCUCAGAUUGAGAUCUCCAAUCCCCCAUGCGCGAGAGUGUCCACCCAAUUCGAGAGGAAAAAGCCAUUUUGGAUAAGACCAAGCAUAUGCUUGAAUUCACCAUAUGAAUUUUUUGAACAACGUCUCUUCUUUCGCUCUGUAAAGCCAUCUCCGGCUCCCGCCACAUCCCAACACCAGAAAGCAGAGGAAGUCUCGCCUGCGACCACGCGCGCCCAGAUGUGUAGCCCCGAGGCCGAGCUCGCCCUCCUAGACUCCAUCCGCCGCCAUCUACCCGGCGACCCCGAACCUGGCCCCUACCACUCCUGCUACCCCGCGCCGGCCUGCCACCGGAGCUGCAGCUUUGGACGCCUCGUCGCCGACCAGUGGUCCGACGGCCUCCCCUUCCGCCUCGACGACCCUGACGAUAUGGUCGUCUACGACGCCCUCGCCGACGCCUUCCGCCACGGAUGGACGCCCUCUUCGGCCGUACCCGUCACUGUUGGCGAGACCCUGGCGGUGAGUGCGGCGCCGGCUCCGGGGAGGCAGUACCGGGGGGUGCGGCGGCGGCCGUGGGGGAAGUUCGCGGCGGAGAUACGGGACCCGGCCAGGAACGGGGCCAGGGUGUGGCUGGGGACGUUCGGCUCCGCGGAGGACGCCGCCCUCGCCUACGACCGCGCCGCCUUCAGGAUGCGCGGCUCCCGCGCGCUGCUCAACUACCCACUGCGGGUCGGGUCGGCGGAGGCCGCGCCGGACUCUAUCACUCCUCCUCUCCUGAUAACUCUCCCUCAGAAAAGACCUCGUCCAAGAGGAGGAAGAAAGGGGCGGCGGCGGCCAUCAUAACGUCGUCUUCUCCAGCUUCGUCCCUCGGUUCGGUUCCGGUAUCAGUUAAGGCACAUGUCGGCAAUCUCUUGGUGAGCUAAGAAGAUGGCAAUAGUAGAAGGAUGUGUGGAUGAAGCCUCGUGGAAAUGUGUUCUUUGCGAAGUAGAAUAAACGCGAAUGCCAUGAGUUGAUGGCUGUGUUUGAUUUGCUGUUCAUUGUUCUUUCUUUCUCUUUUUCCGUGCAAAAACAUUAUAGCAAAUCAACCAUCUUUGUUCAUCGA